GCUGGUAGGCGUCGGCCAAUUUUGCCGCGAACGUCCGGCACGUUUUUGUGUCUGAUUACUCGACUGGAGAACUUUGUUUUUUAUUCUCUCGUUGGCAGUCACGAACAUUUGUUAUUUACCGGAAAUGGAAAAAGAAAUGUUUACUAAACUUGCAUCUAAAAUGGGUAUAACCUCUGCAAGAAUUCUACGUCAAGCAGAGGAGUACAUGCGGUUAUCCCUGGUUAGAUGCACAGGACUCGGAAAUACUACGGGUACAAGCAAAGCAAUAAUUUGUCUCGAGUUGGCAGCAACAUCAAUGAAGCUACCCCUGGACAAGGAAUAUACCGUCAAAUUAUCCGGGUUGAACAAGAAGCAGUAUCAAAGCACUCUGAAGGCCAUAGAAUGCAUGCUUGGCCUUGAGUUUCACCUGGGACUCCGAGACCUUGCUGUUCAGUUUGGGUGCAUGGAUGCAGUCAAAGUAGCAACCCAAAUACUAGAACGGUAUGAAGCAAGCCUUCCUGCUGCUCAGCAGAAAGAUGUGGACCUGUCAAAACCAGUCUUCACUACAGCUGCUUUGAACGCUGCAUGCAAAUGCUUGAAGAUCAAAGUGGACAGGAAGCUGGUAGCAUCAUCUGGUGUUAAAAAGGGAAUCUUUGACAGGCUGUGCACCCAGCUCCAGAAACUGGGACAGGACAUCUGCAAAGAAGCCACUCCACUGAAGAAUCCAGUUAAAAUGUCACAGAAAAGACAGAGAACACUAAUGGAAAGUAUUGAACAAAAAGAGGAAGAGGAAGAUCUGCCAAUGUCUCAAAAGAAGCUGAAAGAGGACUCUGAGGAGAGUGCAACAGAGGAUUACGAAGAGUGGAAGCGAAGAAUCUUGGAAAAUGCCCUUAAAGCCAAACAAGCCAAUGCAUGAAAGUUCAUUUGAAAUUCGUUGCU